AUGAACAACGAGCAAGAAAAGGCACAGGUCGCUCCCGAUGACCUGGACUCGUAUCUCGAUGGCAAGUACAGUCUUCUUUUAGCUGCCCAGUUCAAGCUUUCUUAUAAGAAUGUCCUCGAUGACUUUUCCGUACCUCCUCAUGCCAAAUCAACUCAACCGCUAGAAUUGCCUGAAGCUCCUGAUGACGGUGUUCUGGACGACGACUUUGCUGAUCAGCUGGCAAAGGGAAUGGAAGCCCUCAUGGCCGAUAUGGAAGACAAACCUGCUGACUUUGAUCGACAGAUGGAACAAUUACGAGAGCACUUCCAUGCUCAAAACUUGGACGGCGGUGCAAGCACUAGCACUAGUAAAGGUAUAUUACCCAUGCCACCAUUCGCUACUGCUUCAUCGUCUUCAGCUGCUGCUUCUGCUGCUGGUGCUGGAAGCUUACAGGACAAGAUUGCCGAAACGAUGAAUAAGCUAAAGAAUAGCUCAAAUGCUGUUGGCUCAGAAGUACAAGCAGGGCUAGAUACAGACAUGAUGCAACAAAUGAUGAAACAAAUGGAAGGGCUCAUGGACUCUGGUGACUUGAACACUAUGCUAGAAGGCAUGAUGGAAUCUCUACUAUCAAAAGAUGUCUUAUAUGAACCAAUGAAGGACUUGGCUGCUAAAUAUCCAGCUUGGUUGGCCGAGAACAAAAGCAACCUCUCAGAAGAGGAUUACGCUCGAUACACAAAGCAGUUAUCAUUCGUAGAGCAGAUUCUUGCGGUAUAUGAUGAUCCUACGCCAUCCCCUGAAAACUCGAAGCGAGUUGUGGAUCUUAUGCAAGGGAUGCAAGAAUGUGGUAAUCCACCAGCAGAGAUUCUCAAAGAAUUAGCGCCUGGUCUGGAGUUAGGUCCUGAUGGGGUCCCAAAGCUGCCUGAUAUAAAUGAUAAGGAGUGUAUUUUAAUGUGA